AUGGAGUUGGGUGACCAAAGGCCUUCACAGCUUUUGCGUCGAAUGAGAGACUUAGCACGUGGAAAAAUACCGGAUGAAACACUUCUCAUUAUGUGGCAAAGUCAUUUACCUGCUUCUGUACGAGCUGUUUUAGCUGUAAGUGAAGUUAAAGACCUCGAAAAAUUGGCUAUAAUGGCCGAUAAGGUCAUGGAAACCUCAAGACCUGUGAAUAUUUCCGAAAUUCAUACUACUGGUUCCAGCUCAAGUGACAACUCUUUUAUAUUGGCUGAACUUGCAAAAUUAAGUUUACGUAUUCGUGAUAUGGAGAGAAGUAGGUCAAGACCAAGAAUUCGUUACAAUAAUCAGCAUAGUCGGCGACGGUCUGUCUCGAAAGCUCGUAAUACUAUACGGCGUACGCCGGAAAACGCUGAUUGGUUUUGUUAUUAUCAUCACAGGUUUCAAAGCCGAGCAAAGAAAUGUGUGGAGCCGUGUUCGUGGAAGAAACAUAAUAAUUCGGAAAACUAA